CUUUCUCCGGCGCUGCGUUUGUUUUGAUCGAAAGCCUUUGAGCUUUCGAGGUUUUGAUGCUUGAGUCGUUGAGCUCCCUAGCUGCUCAAGCAUGCUGGAGCCGGCCUGUGCUUCCUCCUCCGAUUAUCCUUCAGGCUUGUUUUUACAAUUCUGGCGACCCUUAACUCUUCCUGUUGAUCUGGGUAGAGGCUCGUUGAUUUUUCCAGAUCUGCCCACCGCCGGUCUAGAUCCCUGCCGCAGCGUCUUGGAGAUUUCACGCCAUCCUCUCCCGAGUAAAUUGAAGGGUGUCCCAUAGCUGGAUCAGUCAACCACAGGUUGCUCGAGUGUUUUCACCUCCCUUCCUCCUCUGCAUCAGGUCUACUCUGCCUUGUUUCUCCAGUUUGUUCUUUCAUUGUCUGAUACUCUUAUCCCUUUGGAUAAGACUUUGAUGUAGAUGCCGUAUGGUAGUUCUUAAUGCAUUGCUUCCCUUGCGUUCAAAAAAAAAAAGAGAUAGCAUUAAUUUUACAUCUAUUAAUAUUAUAAAAUUUUCACCAUUUA